AUGACGACGGAAUCGAAGAGGGAUGAUAACGUAGCAGACGAUGAGGAACUAUCAACGCUGCUGGACAGUGCGCUGUCCGAUUUUGGUCGUUUUCGGAACACCGAUGAGGAGCUGGACUCAAUGAUGGAGGUACUGGAUCAGGAGGCUGUCGAGAAAGCGAUUCAGAAUUUUGAUGAUGCGAUGAGCUCUUUCCAGCACAAACAGCAGCAGCAAGGCGAGCACAACAUUCGUCAGGUUUCUUUCGUUUAGUA